CCUUGCGAAACAACAAUUGCAAUUUGUUCAUUGAUAUUUGGAGGUGUUCUCGAACGUUAUCCUAAUCUUAAAGUAUCAUUUGCUCAUGGAGGUGGCUCUUUUCCAGGAACCAUAGGACGUAUUGUACAUGGUUUCAAUGUUCGACCUGAUUUAUGUGCUACAAAGAUAAAAAAAAGUCCUUUAGAAUACAUUAAUCGUAUUUAUGUUGAUUCACUCGUACAUGAUGAGGAUACACUUCAAUUUCUAAUUAAAAAGAUAGGUAUUAAUAAAAUAAUGUUAGGUAGCGAUUACCCUUUUCCACUUGGUGAACAUCACCCUGGAAAGUUGAUUGAAGAAUGUGAUUGGUUAAGUGAUGAAGAUAAAGAAAAAUUGUUAAGUGGAAAUGUUUUGAAAUUUCUAGGAAUAGAACAUAAGAAAGAAAUGUAUCUUAGAAAGUAA